GGCGCUGGGGGCGGCUGCCAGGAGGUGCCGGCGGGCCCCCCAGGAAACCCCGCACGCAGCCCGAGGCGUAUUAGACGGGCCCCAGGUGGCAGCCAUGGCGGAGUUGGCACCUGCUCGGCACAGGAGGAAGCACCGCUCCAGCCCUCUGUCUUCUUCCACGCCACCCCUGCAAGCACUGGAGAAAAGCCCCUACCUGGAGACCACAGAGAUCUCGCUCUGGACUGUGGUGGCCGCCAUCCAGGCCAUGGAGAAGAAGGUGGAGUCCCAGGCCACCCGCCUGCUGACUCUGGAGGGGCGGACGGGGACAGCCGAGAAGAAGCUGGCUGACUGCCAGAAGACGGCCGUGGAGCUCGGGAACCAGCUGGAGGGCAAGUGGGCCGUGCUGGGGACCCUGCUGCAGGAGUACGGGCUGCUGCAGAGGCGGCUGGAGAACGUGGAGAACCUGCUGAGGAACAGGAACUUCUGGGUCCUGCGGCUGCCCCCGGGCAGCAACGGGGAAGUUCCCAAGGUGUCCAGGUCACUUGAAAAUGACGGCAUCUGCUUUUCGGAGCAGGAGUGGGAGAACCUGGAGGACUGGCAGAAGGAGCUCUACGCCAACGUGAUGAAGAGCAACUAUGAGACUCUGGUCUCUCUGAAGGUGCUUGGCCAGCCCGAAGGAGAAAUGGAGUUGGGUGCAGAGAUGCCGGGUGACUUGGAGGAGGAAGAGUCUCGUGGUGUCCACCCAGCGGAGGAGGUCGUGGCCAAGCAGGAGACCCGGUACACGCAGGACAGCUCUGCGGACCUUCCCAGAAAGUGCUUGGGCUUUGCCGACGAGCAGGCUCUCCGGAGCCCGGAGCAGGCUGAGCUCUGGGAUGGGCAGGGCAGUUCCAUCCUCUUGGAGUCAGGUCCCGGGGACACUCGUCUGCAGGAGCCCACCGAGGAUGGGAGAGACCCUGGCAGUGGCAGAACUCUGGGCUGCACCCCGAAGCGCAAGUGUCACAAGCAGCUGCAGCCGGGUCGGGAGUGUGGGCAAGGCCUGCAGCUGAGAAGGGACAGCGCUGGGCCCUGCGGAUGUCCCGAGUGCGAGACCCCACACCAGCAGACGCCCUCGGAGCCAGAGGCGAGCCCCCGGCCCCGGCCCCAGCUUAAGCCGCCGGCCCGGAAGGCGCAGCCGCUCCAGUGCGAUGCGUGCUCGAGGCGCUUCCGCUGCCGGAUGAGUCUGCUGACCCACCAGCGCUGCCACCUGCAGGCCGCCGCCCGGGCCGGCCGCCCGGCCCAGGAGCGGUUCUCACCCAACAGCCUGGUCGCCCUGCCCGGCCACAUCCCCUGGAAGAGGAGCCGGGGCUCCCUCCUCUGCGGUUACUGCGGCAAGAACUUCAGCCACCCGUCAGACCUGGUGCGGCACCAGCGCAUCCACACGGGCGAGCGGCCCUACAGCUGCCCCGAGUGCGAGAAGAGCUUUGUGCAGAAGCAGCACCUCCUGCAGCACCAGAAGGUCCACCAGCGGGAGCGGGGCGGGCCCGCCCUGCAGCCCGCCAGGCCCAGCGGCCUGCUCUAGGGAUGCCAGCCCCUCGCCCAGUGGAGGGGGGUGGGGGGAGCUGGCACUGUCCCCCAAAAGACACUGCAGAGUCGGGCACUGACUUCUUCCUGAGGGGGCUCUCUUUAGUUUGCUUUUGUGACUGGGUGCCAGGCCGAGCCCAGAGGCUGUCCUGAAAUCCAGGGGAGGCGGGGAGCCUGGGCCAGGCCUCUCCUGCUGUCUCUGGUUUUCCCGUUGGAGCCAAAAGUCUCAGGCUGGGGGUGGCUGUCUGACCCUGCCGGGCCGGUGACCUCCCCCAGCCUCUGGGUCUUCCCAGGGAUUGAGUUGGACCAGAGGAGUGAGCAGGCAUGUGGGAGCACAGCCCUGUGGGUCCUCCUCUUCUGUGGUCUGAUUCCUGACAAGUAGAGGAGGUAAUUAAAGGGAACUGCUUAUCCUGCUCUGAAGAACCUUU